AUGCCCUCACAGAGCCUGGUGGCCAACACACUCACGACAAACGCCUUGCUGAACGCCCUGGCCACGGGUAGCCGCUGGCAGGAGGCACUCGCUCUUUUUGAGGAGGCCGACAAGGAGCAGGAUGGUGGAGCAUCGCCAGCCGCCUAUGGGGCCGCAUGUGCUGCGAUGGCCGCUGGUGCACUUUGGAGGUCCGCCUUGGACCUCCUGGACUUGAUGCAUCGCCGAAGCCUAGCCAGAACGAUGCAGGUUUGGCAUUCGGCACAGACUGCAUGCUCCAACACCGGCCAAUGGACGAAGGUGCUCCGGCUCCUGGAGGAAGCAUCCUCUGAGGUGCCCUUGGACCUCGCGAACUACUUGACGGCCUUGGCUUCAGUAGAGCGAGGUGGUUGUGCACAUCACAUUUCGCCGCUGUUGCUGCGACUAGCAGGCCGAGGCUAUAGCCUGCUUGUCGGACGAGCAGGACAGACGCCGAGUGAUACGGAGUUUCUCUUGCAGGCCUUGGAUACCUUGCGACAUCACUGGAAUCCUGACCUUCGCCUCAGGGCAACCCGAUUGGAGCGGCUUCGCCACGAUCAUCUACGCAGGGUGAGGGCCACUGUCGACGGUGACGGCCAGACCUUCGAGAGCACGCCCUGCUACGCAGUGCGGGCU